GGUUUACUCGGCUGUGUCAGAGGGAUGGCGCGCACGAAGCAGACGGCGCGUAAGUCGACGGGCGGCAAGGCGCCCCGCAAGCAGCUGGCCACCAAGGCGGCCCGCAAGAGCGCGCCGGCCACGGGCGGCGUGAAGAAGCCGCACCGCUACCGGCCCGGCACGGUGGCGCUGCGCGAGAUCCGCCGCUACCAGAAGUCCACGGAGCUGCUGAUCCGCAAGCUGCCCUUCCAGCGCCUGGUGCGCGAGAUCGCGCAGGACUUCAAGACCGACCUGCGCUUCCAGAGCUCGGCCGUCAUGGCGCUGCAGGAGGCGAGCGAGGCUUACCUGGUGGGGCUCUUCGAGGACACCAACCUGUGCGCCAUCCACGCCAAGCGCGUCACCAUCAUGCCCAAGGACAUCCAGCUCGCCCGGCGCAUCCGCGGGGAGCGCGCCUGAGGCCCGCUGUCCUUCAAUCUCUUUCAUCCCCGCACCCUAAAGGCUCUUUUAAGAGCCACCACGUUGCCAUUCAAGGGAGCUGUGACACUGCUUACUAAUAACUGCAUACUUCAAUUACAUCGUCUUCAACUUUAUUUAAGGUAUUGUAAAGUUAUGGGACUGCUUUAUAGAAACUAGUAGUCAUUUUGUGUUCCUUACGUCUUCCCUAUGGAUGGGUGCUGGAAAUUGUGCAGAAAAAGUGUUUGUAAGUGCCUCUAAGGAGCAUUCUGCUUUCUCUGUAAGCACUAUUUAUACAAUACAGAUCUUGAGGGGGUAUUUUUUUUUUUUAAUGUGUGUAAACGGUAUUAAGUGAUGCAUUAAUUCGGGCUUUGACACAUCUGUUGCUAAAAUACUAGUGUGAGAGCUAUAUCACACGGUAGGUAAAAGUAACCUUCCACAUUUCUUUUAUUUCACUGCAAAUUGGCCCUUUGUCUAGUUUUAAUGUCUGCUGCAGGAGUUUGUACUUUUAAGGAACAUUAAAGGUAGGUAUUAUUUGAGUUUGUGUAUCAAAUAACUAAUUUAAUUUGUUUCAGUGUUUUCUUUGUAAAUGCAUUCAGUUGUUGCUUGUGCUGGGAUACAGUCAAAAUCUUAAUGGUUCAAUAGACUUGUAAGUGUUCUAGUGGAUAAAGCAAAAUCACUAAUAAAGGCUGGUAUUAGGGACAACUAGGAUAUUCAAGUAAUCUAAAUUGCUAUUUAUCUUUGAUUUAUUACUUGGGGACCUGAAUAAAUUGGCCUGAGUAUCUUUCAACAGGGGAACUUGGAAAAAAGAAAAAAGGA